AAAUCGAAUCGCGACGGCAAUGCAAUCAUAACGUCAUUUCGCAUCGCAAUCUUGCCUCAACUCCAAAGGUACAGUACUACUCUCCAAUUCUCUACUUACUCCAAUACUCCGAUACAUGAAAACCACCACGAUAGACAACAGCGACAAUGGGGUCAAAAGUCUCAAAACCCGCCCAAUCCGCCACGCGCAAAUUCCCUUCGAGAGCUCCGGGUACCUCUGCUCCUCCAUCGAGGCCACCCCGGCCGGCGGCAGCUCAACCGAGAUCAGAUGGACGGGCUUCCUUUACGAAGAGUGACGCCAUCAAAGCCGACAGCAUGGACCCCGACACCAACCCCCUGACGAACCCAGCCUUUUCCCAGCGGCUCAGGCAGAUGGGCGUCGCCGUGCCGAACCCGACGCUGUCCAACUCAUCGACCGCGUCGCCGUUCCCGAAGCAGCAAGGGCCGCACAUCUUCCCCUCGCCGGAGCAAAACCCCACGCUGAGCGCGCUGGAGGCGCGGAAGCACUUCGAAGAGAGCGCAGACCUCGAGUUCCAGAACAUGGGCCAGGGGCGAGAGUUCCUGGACGUGGGCACGCUGAAGCAGGCGCUGAUCCUGCAGGCGCAGGGCACGCCGGCCGCCGACAUCGAGAAGAGGCUUAGGCUUAAGAGCGGCGUGGUGAAGAGGCUGGGGCCGAGGGGGGUUACGUCGCCUUUGGUUGCUGGGGAUGUGUUGUGAAAAUACGAAAAGGGGAAAAGUUAAAAAGUAAAAAUAAAAAUAGUAAAAACGACACAGCCCUACUCCAGAGAUAUAAGAUUUGUCGUAAAAUAGUAGGUAUGUAUUCGAGGUAUGUAUGUAUGUAAAAAAAGCGGCUUCUAUAAUGAUUGCCUCGCCUCAUAUCAUCAAUAUUGGAUAGUAGCUACACUUUAUCCAAUGUUGCCAUCGCCCAAGCGCAGCCGUAGCCGCAGCGAGUGUUCCGUCCAGGUCGCUCCCUAGCAGAAAACAGAUAAGGGCGAUAUCGUGCCAAUCCACAGUGAGCUACCGAUACCGCGCUCCCGCACUGAACUCCUGUGCCAAGGUUCCUUUCUACCAACCUAACCUAGGCAACUGGCCAUACUUCCCCCUUCCAUCAUUUUCAUCCAUGGGCUGUUAUGUGUGUAUCCCACCCAA